AUGGAAGACGCGGACGACAUGGAAAUCGACCCUGCCAUCGCGGAAGCGAUGGGUUUUACAGGGUUCGGCGGCAAAAAGCGCAAAUUCAAGGACGAUGCGUUUGUGGACCCGGCUACCAAUAACAAAACUGCCAAUGGAGCGAACAACAUACCUCUCGGUAAUCGUGAAUCACGAACUGGCUUAGAAAUUGCUGGAAGCAAGAGCGAUGUUCCCAGACAGGGGACAUCGCAGCAAAUUACGCUUGAGCAAGCUACACUACAAGACUUACGACAAGGUGUCAAGAACGAGCGUGGUGACACGGUCUAUUUUCAACCAAGCUUCAUUGAGGAUCCAUGGAAAGACCUGAAAGCGCAGUGA